CUUCCACCUUCAAUCGCGCUUUUCUUUCUUUCUGACCCUCGCGCCAAUCAACCGUUCAUCUCCAUCACCACUCCUCACAUCACAAAACCUCGACAAUGGAUUUCCAAAACCGCGCCGGCUCGAAAUUCGGCGGUGGAGGCGUCGCUUCUCAAUCCGCCACCAACGCCGAUCGUCGCGAACGUCUUCGCAAGCUCGCUCUCGAGACCAUCGACCUCGACAAGGACCCCUACUUCUUCAAGAAUCACGUCGGCUCGUUCGAGUGCCGUCUUUGUCUCACGGUUCAUCAGAAUGAUGGCUCCUACCUCGCUCAUACCCAGGGCAAGAAACACCAGACCAAUCUCGCCCGUCGCGCUGCUCGUGAGCAAAAAGAAGGUCGUCAAGGCGCCGUUGACCCAGCUACUGGUCUCCCCAUUGGAGUCACAGGUGCAGGCUUCGCGCAGCGUCGCAACGUCGUAAAGAUCGGGCGCCCAGGAUACAAGAUCACCAAGAUCCGCGACCCUGUCUCUCGUCAGCAGGGUCUGCUCUUCCAGCUCCAAUAUCCCGAUGCGACCCCCGAAACAUCUCCCAAGUGGCAGGUCAUGAACGCCUUCACUCAGCACGUUGAGGAGCCCGACAAGAACUUCCAAUACCUACUCGUCGCCGCCGAACCUUACGAGACAGUUGGCUUCAAAAUUCCUGCCCGUGAGCUUGACAAGCGCGAGGACAAGCAGUUUGCCUUUUGGGAUCCGGAUGCCAAGGAGUAUUGGAUUCAGGUCAUGUUUAUGACUGAGCGUGAGGAACGUUUCAACGCGGCUCCUGGUUUGACGGCAAGGAGGUAAUGGCCCAUUUAUUUACCUUCUGGUGGUUAUGGUUAUUUGCAUCUUGGGAGUAAAGAAAAGGAUAUCUGGGUCAUGGGACGGCGUUACGGUGUUUUUUUUUUUUUUUUUUUUUUUUUUUGCAAUAAUUCUGUCUGAAGCAUCCAAGUCUCGAAAUAAACACCAGUAGAGCCUUGUUGCUGUGUAUGGGUUGCCAAGUUUCAUGUAUACUUAUCACUCACUCUCCUGUGAUCACGGCACAGCAGUUCAAUUAGACU